UUUCAUUUUUUCACCUUCAUUUCAUAUCUACCACUUAGCCACAUGGAGCAUCAUCACCUAAGACUUAUUCUCCUACUCUUGUUCCUGUUCCUACCCACCACCUGCUUCUCUUUCUCAUUUCAAACUCCUUCAAGCAAUGAAUUCUCGAAUCAAAGUUCUUCCUCUCUGAAGCAGCAGAUUCUGGAGCUAGCUAAUAGUCCCAGCACGGUGAAAUGGAUGAAGAGAAUAAGGAGGGAAAUCCACGAGCACCCAGAACUUGCAUAUGAAGAGUUCAGAACAAGUGCUGUCAUAAGGCGUGAGCUUGACUUGUUGGGUGUUGAAUACAAGUGGCCUGUGGCUGGGACUGGUGUGGUGGCCAAAAUUGGUUAUGGGUCUCCUCCUUUUGUUGCUCUUAGAGCAGACAUGGAUGCCUUGCCAAUUCAGGAAAUGGUUGAUUGGGAUCAUAAGAGCAAAGUAGAUGGAAAAAUGCAUGCUUGUGCACACGAUGCACAUGUUGCCAUGCUACUUGGGGCUGCAAAGAUACUGCAAGAAAUGAAAGACAUGUUACAGACUACUGUUGUUCUAAUAUUUCAACCAGCUGAGGAAAGAGGCACAGGUGCAAAAGACAUGAUCCAAGAACAGGUGCUUGAAGAUGUUGGUGCUAUUCUUGGGUUGCACUUGGGAGCAGAGUAUCCGACAGGUGUCGUUGCAUCACGGCCAGGAGAAUUUUUAGCCGGGUGUGGAAGCUUCGAAGCAAAGAUCAAAGGAAAAGGGGGGUUAGCAGGAGUUCCCCAGCAUUGUUUUGAUCCAGUUUUGGCUGCUUCAACAUCAGUGAUCAGCUUGCAGAACAUUGUUUCAAGGGAGGCUGAUCCUUUAGAUUCUCAGGUGCUUUCUGUGGCCAUGAUCAAUGCAGGGUCUGCUCAUGACAUAAUCCCUGAUUCAGCUACAUUUGGAGGUACCUAUAGAGCAUUCAGUAAAAAGAGCUUCUAUGGACUGAGGAAAAGGAUAGAAGAGGUUAUUAAAGGGCAGGCAGAAGUACAUAGGUGCUCUGGAGAGGUUGAGUUCUGUGGCAAUGAACAUCCCACAAUCCCUCCAACCACAAAUGAUGUGAGAAUAUACCAACUAGCACGGCAAGUGUCUAGCAAGAUUGUUGGAGAAGAUAACAUAGAAUUAGCACCCCUCUUCACAGGGAGUGAAGAUUUUGCAUUUUACUUGGAAAAGGUACCCGGGUCAUUUGUUCUUGUGGGCACACGAAACGAGAAGAGUGGAUCCAUACAUCCUGCUCAUAGUCCUUACUUUUUCAUUGACGAAGAUGUGCUUCCCAUUGGGGCUGCAUUGCAUGCAGCAUUUGCUCUUUCAUACCAUUCAUAUUCAACAAAUUCAUACCCUUUGUAAUACACAUCCACCACUUGUAAUUCAACAAAUUCUUUGGCCUAAGAAGCUGUCAGGGAAGAUAUUUUUUUAGAUGCAUAUUGAAUUUGCUUGACCAAGGUGCUAUCACAAAUACUCUCCCACUCGUGCACCCCCCCAUAGUAUUGUUGGUUUCAUUGGAUCAUUCGAUAUCAAAUCUUUAUUGGGGACCAUCUGUAGAUGUUGAA